AUUCUGUAAACAGAAAUCUCCAAAAUCAAACAAAAUAAGCCACAAAGAAAACCGACCAGCUGAGAAAUUCCGUCUCCUUCCGGCGAGAAGCAAUGGCGAGCACGGUCAUGGCUUCGUCCUCCGCCACCACCACUCACUUCCUUCGCCGAAGCUCCCAGAACCCAUCCCGAGCGAUAACCAAAUCGAUCCGCGCCAAAAUCGCUAGGGACGAAAAGCCCCUUCUCAUCCGUCGUUUGACCACCUUACUAAAGCCAUCGGCGGCGGUGGCAGCGGUGGCAGCAGCGAUUGCUGCGACGCCGAUGCCGGCGUUGGCUGAGCAGAUGGAGAAGGCGGCGCUGUUCGACUUCAACCUAACCCUGCCGGCGAUCGCUUUGGAGUUUUUACUUCUAAUGGUCGCCCUCGACAAGAUUUACUUUACGCCUCUGGGGAAUUUUAUGUACGAGCGGGAUGCGGCGAUUAGGGCUCAGCUGGGGGAUGUGAAGGACACUUCCGGGGAGGUGAAGCAGCUUGAGGAGCAGGCGGCGGCGGUCAUGAAGGCUGCGCGCGCCGAAAUCUCCGCUGCGCUCAACAAGAUGAAGAAGGAGACUACUGCUGAGCUCGAGCAGAAGCUCGCCGAAGGAAAGAAGAAGGUGGAAGAGGAGCUCGCUGUGGCGCUAGCUGCUCUCAAGAAUGAGCGGGAAGAGGCCCUCAAGGCCCUUGAUUCCCAAAUCAAGCUCCUCAGCGAUGAUAUCGUCAGCAAGGUUCUCCCCUCUGCAUAAUGUCCUCCUUCCUUCCCUCCUCUCUCUUGCACUCUCUCUCACACCACAUAUAAACUUCCCUGUAGUUUAUUGCAUUUCGAAUUACAAGACGAUGUAAUUAACUUUCUGACUUCUUGCAAGAAGCAAUCUAUGACAAUUUCUUUGUGCCAUCUUCUAUAAUUUUAAUUUGAUUCCUGCUCA